AUAGGCUUUAACUUAACAUUGGGCUGAACAACAGAAAUUUGAGUGGGGCCAUCAGAUAAUAUCGAAGUCUUCUCGCCAAACGCGCCCCUGCUGGCGUAGCUUAGCAUAGCAGUCUCCACUUUCGACGUCCACACCCGUUUUCAGUCGCCGCCGACAAAUAAGCUGCUCUCACGCGGCGUAGCUUAGCGUCAAGCUGGUUUCAAUCUGGAACACGAAGAUGAUAAGCACGCAGGAAAGUGGAUCAGGGCCGUUGGUGCAAAGCCCUCGAUCUCCACCGUCACAAUCGCCGUAUAUAACCGUAUCCGUGCUUGAUCCAGCUAAGAUGGGAAAUGGAGUUCAGGCUUACAUCUCCUACAAAGUUAUCACCAGGACUAACUUCCCUGAAUAUGAUGGCCCUGAAAAAAUUGUUAUCCGACGGUACAGUGAUUUUGUUUGGCUAAGAGACCGCCUUUUUGAGAAGUACAAGGGUGUCUUUAUCCCUCCUGUUCCAGAGAAGAGCACUGUAGAGAAGUUCAGAUUUAGUGCUGAGUUUAUUGAGAUGAGGCGUAAAGCUUUGGAUGUGUUCGUCAACCGGGUAGCUUCACAUCAGGAGCUUCAACAUAGUGAGGAUUUAAGAAUCUUUUUGACGGUUGAUGAGCAGACAAUGGAAAGAGCAAGAUCCCAGGAAACUGGUAUUUUCAAGAAAAAGCCAUCAGACUUGAUGCAGAUUUUCAAGGACGUACAAUCCAGAGUGAGUGAUGUCGUUCUUGGAAAAGAGAAACCGGUUGAAGAAUCAAGCCCUGAAUAUGAGAAGCUUAAGAAUUAUGUUUUUCAGCUCGAAGAUCACCUAGCCGAAGCACAGAAGCAUGCUUACCGUCUUGUGAAGAGACACAGGGAGUUGGGACAAUCUUUAUCAGACUUUGGUAAGGCAGUGAAGCUACUAGGUGAGUGUGAAGGGAAUGCUCUUGGAAAGGCAUUUUCUGAGCUUGGUGCAAAAUCAGAGAUUUUGUCAAUUCAUCUGCAGAAAGAGGCUCAGAACCUCUUGAUGAAUUUUGAAGAACCUUUGAAAGAUUAUGUGCGUUCUGUGCAGUCUAUUAAGGCAACAAUAGCAGAGAGAGCCAAUGCAUUCAGGCACCAUUGUGAACUGGCUGAAGCAAUUAAGUUCAAGGAAAUAGAUAUGAACAAGCUCAGGUUAACACGUUCAGAGAAACUGUAUGAUGCUGAGCAUGAAUACGAGGAGCUAAAAGCUGAGGGUGCAGAGGCCUGGAGAAGGUUUGAGAAAAUUGUGAAGCUAAUGAAUGAAGAGAUUGUUCGAUUCCAAGAACAAAAGACAGUAGAUUUAGGUCUGGCUUUCCAUGAAUUUGCCAUGGGUCAGGCACAGCUGGCCAACAGUAUUGCCAAUGCGUGGCGUAGUCUUCUUCCCAAGCUCGAAGCUUGCUCCUCAUAAUGAAAUGAAGAAUCACUAUUCGUCGCCUACAGGCGGAUUUCGCGCUUAAUUACUGUACAGACCCAUAGCCAUUUUCAUCGCCACUUGUAAUUUAGACUCUAUUGUUUAGUCGUACUUCUCUUCUUAAUUUGUUAUAAUCUCUAAUUAUGAUAAGAUUUAUAAUAGAAUUUUAUGUAAUUUUGAUUGCUA